AUGGCGAAUCCACUCACCCCGCAGUCCAUACUGCAGCUGAUGGCAGAUGCACUGCCGACGCACCCCAAAGGCGACACCACCUCUGACAUUAGCAGUGGUUACGAGCUGCCCGCCCUUCUCACCCAUGCGUGCAUGGUGUCUCUCAAGUUCCGCCUCAUCGGCUUCGACGAGGAGAAGAGAAUAGAGGAGGAGGUUCAGAGUCUCGCCCCGCGACUACCCGCCUCGUGGAACGCCGGAUACGGCUCCCUCCGUUUCGUAUACGCCCACAAGCAAUCCUCCAUGACCUCCAUCAUCCGCACCAGUAAAGUGGGCGGCAAAGUCGAGAUUAGCGGGCUCGCCGUUGGCCACGACGUCAUCCACAGAUUCGAGAUCACGACAAAAGACUUUGUCAAUAACUCCAAGCUGCCCUUGCGUAUCACACUUGCUGAAGACGGCACCGAGGAUAGGAGUGACCUCGUCCAGAAGCUCAAGGAUGCAUUCGUAUCCGAGUCCGCCCUUGAAAAGCUCAUCGACCAGUUCAAAACCAGCAUCGUCCAGAAGCUUAUCCCGAAGCUGCAAAUCGAAGGUUACGAAGAAUCCCCCGACGACCGGGACGCCGCCGAGGGCGCACAACGUGAAGGACGCGCUCAAGCCGGUCGUCCCGGACGGCCGAUGCCUGGCGACCUCCCUGACCCAGCCCGACCGUACCCCAUCAAUGACCCUCUCGCCCAACCUCCAAGGCGACCCAUCCCCGCUGGGGACUUCCCUCCGCCUGAUUUCGAGGACGAGUACGAGGUCAACCGACCACCUAGACCUCUGGGCAUCCCCGGCCGAUCUCCCUACAACAUUGGCCACGAUGACCUGAACCCGCCCGGUCUGGGACCCCACGACCCCCUUCGACCUCAUUUUAUCGGCGGCGGUGGCUUGCCACGUCCUGGGGGCGGAGGCGGAAUGCACCCAACGUUUGACGACCCCCUAUUCGGCGGUCAGGGCGGCCAGGGUGGUGGGUAUGAUCCGCAAGCACCCCCGGGAGCUCGAUGGGACCCUAUUGGUCCGGGCGGCCUGCCGCGGCACGGCGGCGGCGGACGAGGACGAGGAAACCCGUUCGGAGGCCCGGGCGGCUUCGGCGGCGGUUUCGGUGGCGGUUUCGGCGGUGACAUUAUCUGA